GUGAAAAUCUGGUUCCAGAAUAGAAGAAGUAAAUACAAGAAGAUGAUGAAGGCGGCGCAGCAGGGCGGCGCUGGCGGCGGAGGGCAACACGGCAGCCUCUUAGCCGGCGGAACCGCUUUACCCGGAGGACCAUCUCCUCAACCUGGUCAACCAGGAAGUCUCAUGCAAGGAGGAGGCGGAAGUUCCGUGUCGGGCAGCCCGACGACGGGCUACCUCGGCGGUAUGGGAGGCGGCGCAGGGGGUCACACCCCCGGCAGUUCGAGCCCCGGAAGCGAGAUGUCGCCUCAGCACAACGAGAGUCCACCCGCACCCUCUUGGCCAGGCGAGAUGAAGCACCAUCCGCAUCCACACGCGCCACCGCACACCCACCAUCACCCCCAUACGCCUGGCCACCAUCCACCGCCGCCGCCGCCGCCGCCGCACCACGCGGGUUACAUGCCACAGUACUCGUGGUACCAAGCGGAUCCUAAUCCCGGACUACUCACGGUGUGGCCGGCGGUUUAACGAAGAUGUCCUUCGAGCUGUGUUCAGGAUGAACCGCUUCUUCGUAGCGCCGCGGACGUGCCAGCGCCCCUGCCCCAAAGUGUGAAUACGUAUAGCACCUGUCGCGAUGGAAUUCGCGUUCGAUGUUAAUAAAUUUUAUUCCUUAACGAGAGCCGCGUGUUCACCGGACCGGCUUCGCGCUCGACCCUUAACGACGCACGGGUCGUCCGGUCGUUUUGACAAAAAUCGAAUCGAUCGUGCGAUUCGUAGGGAAUCGAUCGCUACGAUUGUAUCGUAGAUCGUCCGAGAGAUUUUCGCUGAAAUGUUUCGCGAUAGAAAAUCGAAAUCACCGACGAUUACGCGCCGCGAGUUUCAACGUUCGCGUCGAUGGAAUCGGUACGGAAACGUCCGUCGACGAGGACGAACCCGAUCUCGUUUUACCUGAAACGAUCGACGUGAUGAGGGAGGGGGCGGGGGG